AUGGCCAAAUAUAAGGAAACAAGUACCGCCGUUGGUGUGGAUUUGACGAGAGCCCUAGCGCACGGGAGCUCAGGAAUAAGAAAGAAGAUGAGAGAUAUUACUAGACUUUUACAGAGAGACAAUCUUGCAGCAGACAUCAGGAUUGCCAAUGAGAGAGCAUUGAAGACGUUAAAACUUGAGCUACAGAAAGUGCAAGGAGACCAAAAGGAGAGAAAGUUUGCACAAAAAUACCAUAAAGUGCGUUUUUUUGAAAGGAAGAAAGCAAUAAGAUUUUACAUCAAAAGUAAGAAGAGCGUCGAUGCAUUAAACAAGCAAAUCGCUGAGAUCGAGGCAAAUGGGGAUAAAGAGGCAGAAAAAGAGCUGAAGAAACAGUUGAAGAAGGAGAAACGAGUGUUUGGACACUCUCAAGUUGACCUUGCAUAUGUGUUGAAUUUCCCAAAAAACGAAAAGUACAUAGCCUUAUAUGCAACCAACACGACUCCAGUAGAAAAACUCCCUAAAAAGGCCCAAGCCGGAAUCAAAGCAUCCAAUGAGAGGAAAGAGGAAUUUAAAAAAUUGUUUGCCGACCAAUUAAAGGAGGGUACGCUUGAACUAGGCUUAGAGGAAGGAUUGAGAAAGGAGGGAUCUGAAGAGACAGCAGAAAAUAGCAAUAGAGUUAGAACCAGCGCAAACCAUGUAAAUAAGAAAAGUGAACAGAUUGACGAUGUGGAAGCUGCAGCCGAGAACGAAAAGGACGACUUCUUCGAAUAA